AGCUUCACAAGUAUCUCCGUGCUACGGGUGGAGGCGCCUCUGUCCUACAAACCUUAUGGAUUCCUCUAAAAACCUGUAAUUUUGAAAUACGCUCUGUAUUUGGCGUUGAAAGGCCAUUUCAUUUGCGCACGGGAUCUAGACAAUUAACCUUCACUGAAAAAGAAAAUGAUUCACCGAACGGGUGUGGGCUAUGGGGUGGAGGUCUGAGGCAUGGCCUGGUUCUGGCCCCCCUGGGUGAACAACACCCAGCAGCCCUGAGAUGAUGAGUGGCCCUCCUCCCUGGCACUCCUCUAAGUGAUGAAGACCCCUGCCUUCAUCCUCAUCCUGUCUGUCCUGUGCAGAACUGGGCUUGUGUCAACAAAGACGGUGAAGCACACGGUGGAGGAAUGGAACAGAUACAGGAACGAAUGCCUGCUGAGAAUGAGCACGGACCCCACACACCCAGGCUUGUUCUGCGGCCGCAUGUUUGACAUGUACGCCUGCUGGCCGGAGGGCGUCCCCAACACCACUGUCAAAGUGCCCUGUCCGUGGUACCUCCCCUGGUACAACCAAGUUCGUAAUGGUUAUGUGUUGCGGGAGUGUGGGCCUGAUGGCCAGUGGGCCAUUAACAACACCAGUAGCACCUGGAGGGACCACUCCCAGUGCAACGCAGACAACAACCAGCAGGUGGCACAGGAGAACCAGAUGGUGAUCUUGGCCUACUUCCGGGUGAUGUACACUGUGGGCUACUCUCUGUCCCUGGCCAGCCUUUCCCUGGCCCUCAUCAUACUGCUCAUCUUCAGGAAACUAAGAUGCACCAGGAACUAUAUCCACACCAAUCUGUUUGCAUCCUUCAUCCUGCGAGCCAUAUCCAUCCUCACCAGAGAUGCUGUUCUCACCAGGGACACCCCCGAGUUCAGAGACAACAGAGAUGUGUCCAAUGUCCUCAGUGAUCAGGCUCUCUCUGGCUGCCGUGUGGCCCAGGUGCUGAUGCAGUACUGUGUGGGGGCUAACUACUACUGGCUGCUGGUGGAGGGCCUGUACCUACACAACCUCCUGGUGCUCAUGGUCUUCUCUGAGAACAGCUACUUCUGUGGAUACCUCUUCAUCGGCUGGGGAACCCCAGUGUUAUUUGUGGUCCCCUGGAUUAUAGUGCGGUACCUGUACGAAAACACACGGUGCUGGGAGAUCAACGAGAACAUGGCGUACUGGUGGAUCAUCCGCACACCCAUCCUCCUAGCCAUUCUGAUCAACUUUUUCAUAUUUAUUCGGAUCAUACAGAUCCUUGUCUCCAAAUUAAAGGCACACCAAAUGAGGUACACCGAUUAUAAAUUCAGGUUGGCUAAGUCAACUCUGACCCUCAUCCCUCUCCUGGGCAUCCAUGAGGUUGUCUUUGCCGUGAUGUCAGAAGAACAGACAGAGGGCAUCCUCCGAAAUAUCAACCUCUUCUUUGAACUUUUCUUCAACUCUUUCCAGGGUCUCCUGGUUGCCAUCCUGUACUGCUUCGUCAAUAAAGAGGUGCAGUCAGAGAUAAAGAAGAAGUGGCAGCGAUGGAAGCUGGGCAUGACUGUCUUGGAUGACCUUCGCAACACCGGCAGCAACACGCCACAGGGGGGCACGGGCGGCGGGCAGUGCCACCACGACCCACCCUGCCAGCCUGACUGUCCACAUGAGGAUACCCACAACCUCUCCUCGGACGCCUCCGGCUCGGGGCAGCAUCCCCACCCGCACCCACACCACCACCCAGGGGCCAAGAAGGGCAAGGCCUACUGCUACAUUUCCGCCCGCAAGCAGGUGCUGAACGGCCUUGAUGGAGCUCCACUGGGCAACGGGGGCGGAGAGGGAGCCAUCAAAUACUCUGAGAGCUACUGCUGA